AUAGGGAGUCCCCAUCAAGCUUUCCUCUUGGCUCGAGUACGUCCUCAUGGAACGCCGCCUCGCUCGCCUGGCCGAUACCGAUGUAUCGGUGCUCUGCACAUCCAUUCUGACUGCACAGAUGUCGUCCCUCUGCGAGCAGUGCGCCGCUUCAUAAAUCUGAUCAGUCAGAAGGGGAACGCCUCGGUUGUGCGCAGUGAGCUUCGUGCCAUCGACGGGCAGUAC